AUGGCGAGCCUCGUGGUGCAUCCGACCGGCCUGGCCAACUCCUUCCUGGCCAGAUCCUCUUCCUUGCUUCAUUCAUCCAGGGAUCCUCAUCCUGCCACCGAGAUCCUGCAGGGAUUAGAGACAACGGUACCGCCGCGACGGACCUCCGAGAGACCGAGGGGGGCGCGUCGGGGAGCGAAGGGCAGCGGCGGAGGGCAGGCGGGCGGUCCACGGAGUCUGAGGGCGAACGGGACCGACCCUCCGCCCGCGCCUCCUUCAGGAGAACGUCCCGAGGGAAUUCCCCCGCGGAGGAACCCCGUCGGCGUGCCCUCAGACGCCCCGAAGAGGAUCCGCCGUCGGGAGGUCUGCGCCCCGUCCGCGUCGACGCCGGAAUCGACGGCCUUCACCUUCGCCUCCUUCGUCAUCCUCAUCGCCCAGGGCAUCGUCAACGUCGUCAACGUCAUCAACAACAACAACAACAAUAACAACAACAACAACAACAACAACAAUAACAACAACAACGUCAACAACAACAACGUGAUGAGCACCAACAACGACGCCAACAACGCGGGCGGCAUGGGCAUCCCGGGCCCCGUCAUCGGCGUGCCCGGCCGGAGGAGGAGGGGCCUCGACCGCCCACGCCCCUCAGGGAAAAGGCGACCCCCGCCCACGCCCACGCCCACGCCGAGAGCCGAUCCCCUCGCGUCCUUGGAAGAGGGGAGAGAGGAGGGGUGUCGUUGCCAUGCGAAGAGAAGGAAGAAGAAGAAGAAGAAAAAGAAGAAGGAGAAGGAGAAGAAGAAGGGUUUAUAUUCCGAUAUGCAAAUGUGCCUCAAGUUUACCCUCUGCAGAUGGCUCGGUCGGGACGCGGAGGAUAAUGAUCAUAUUCUGGCGAAACUACUACGUCUGCAGGCGAAGAUGGUGAGACGGAGGCUGGGAGGAAUCUCGACCGUUGGUGACUGUGAAGAUGCAACGACAUGUCCACUCUACGGAUGA